AUGUCCUGCGAGUGCGACGAUAGGUCCCCCCUUUUCGAAAACGCGAAAGGCGCGUCGUACCACGGCGUCGCGCAAUCGAAUCCCGGGGAGGAGUACGAUUGGCGUCAGCCGCACAACAACAGCAUCUUCUUCGACAAUCGCACGUUCAGCAGCCUGGAGGAGGUGCAGGGGUCACUGUUGGAAAGCUGCUGCCCCGGCGAUGGUGUGCUCUCCGGUGCCCUCGGGCUGGUGACGUCGGCGUGUACGCCGACAAUGCUUUCACUCCCCCUCGCCUUCGUGGUGGGCGGUUGGGCGUUUGCGAUGGGCUGCACUCUGUUUUGCAUCCUUGUGACGUUUCUCUCAGUCCGCAUUUUGGCGCUCGCCUCCCUCUCCGCGGACUCGGACGACUACGAGACGGUGGCCGGCUUCUUCCUUGGCACCAAGGGCCGUUGGAUGGUGCGCUGCACUCUCUUCGUUUACAACUUCGGCUGCGCUGUGGUUUACUUGAGCUUCAUCAAGGACAGCGUCACGCCGAUCCUGGUGAGUCGUGCGAAUUUCUUGCCUCUGUGGAUGCGCAGCGACACCGGCGGCACCGUGUGCCUCUUCGCCUCCACGCUAAUCAUAACCCCACUCACCUUCAACUCGCGCUUGGCCUCGCUGCGCACGAAGGGGUUUGUGAGCAACCUCUUCAUCAUCUUCAUCAUCUUCACCGUUGCGUAUCGCUUCUUCGUCCCGGAGAGGGUCGGCGGUAUCGCGAAGACUGCCGAGCACUCGGCGGACGCGAACCGGGAUUUCUCCCAGGGCCGGCUGGCGCUCUUUCUCCCAUAUAUGUUUUCCGCGCCGAUCUUUGUCUUCUCCUACGAGGUGCAGUCGAACGUCAUGGCAGUCAUCAAAGACCUGCAGGACCGCACUGGCCGCAAGAUCCUCGUAUCCACCUCGCUGGCGCUCUGCGUCAUGUCCGUCUUUUACGUUUUGCUUGGCAUUAUGGGAAGCCUUACUUUCCCGCACCUGUCGAGCGGUAACAUCCUCUCCAGCUACAACGCGGAGACGGAUCUGCUGAUGAUGGUGAGCCAGCUCAUGUGCUGCUUUAGCGCUGCGGUGUCCUUUGUGUUCUGCAUCUUUCCGUGCCGCCUCGCCGCCUUUAUGUUCCUCUCUGGCGGCAGUGGAACCAAGAUCCCAAAGAAGACACGCAUAAAGCUUGGUGUGACUCUUUCCGCGGUGUGUUGUGUCCUCGCAAUUUUCCUGCCGGAUGUGGCGAGGGUGGUAUCGGUCCUUGGAGCCCUCUUUAGCGCCACGCUCUCCAUGACAUUUCCAGCGCUCUUUGCGAUGAAGAUGCGUGAGUCUGGCACGUAUUUGAGCAGCUGGAUCGAUGCGCUUCUCUCGUGGGUUUUCCUCCUCAUGGGGCUCGCUUUCUCCAUCAUGGGGACGUACAUGGCGGUCACCUUCUCAUGA